AUGAGAACUGCGUCAUGGCUUGCCGCCGGCCUGUUCGGUGCCCUCAAUUUUGUUCCCGCCGUCAAUGCUGAGGAUCUUUUCGAAGCGCACGCCCUGAGUACAUGCGCGAACGACAGCAUCGUAUCAAUCAACAGAUUCGACGUCACUUACACCCCAAGUGACAACAACAUCAUCCUCGGCUUCACCGGAUCCUUCACCGAAUCGACCUCGACCGAUGUCUUGAUUGACAUUGACGUCUUGAUUUACGGAUACAAUGCAAUCUCUAUGACUUUGGAUCCGUGCGGAUCUCCGACAAUCAGUUUCCUCUGUCCCAUGAAAUCCGCGUCUCUCAAUAUCCAACAAACCUCUUUAUCACUCGAUAGCGAUGCGCUAAGUUCCAUUCCGAGUAUCGCUUACAAGGUUCCCGAUAUCGAUGCCGUGGUGCGCCUUAAACUCAAAGACGCCAAGACCAACGCUUCCAUUACCUGUAUCGAGACUCGCGUCUACAAUGGCAAAACCGUUAACCAGCAGGCCGUGGCUUGGGUCCUAGCUGUGAUCACCGGCCUGGGCAUGGUCGCCACUAUUGUGGUGUCGAUUCUCGGAUACUCCAACAUUGCCACCCACAUGGCAUUCAGAACUCUACUUUUCUUGGGCUGGAUGCAGAGCAUGGCCAUGUGGGGAAUGACUUCAGUGACCCAGCCCCCAAUCGUUCAAUCCUGGACUCAAAUGUUCCAGUGGACGAUGGGCAUCAUCCGCGUUGGGUUCUUGCAAACCAUCUGCACCUGGUUCGUACGCGCAACAGGAGGCACUGCGCAGCAAAUUCUCGCCGAGGUUGCUGCUGAUGAACUUUCUGUCGUUCCCAUGAAGCGAUCGUUGGAUUCUUUGACCCGUCGGUCCACUCUCACUACAUCCACAGGAACGGAAGUCACAGUGCGUGGCAUCGAGCGCAUGGCUUAUCGUGCAAACAUCGCAUCGACCAACAUUUUUAUGACCGGCUAUCUGUUCUUCUACUUCAUCGCAAUCGUCGUGAUCAUCGCAGUCAGCUUCCUCGCCUUCGUCUUGCCGCGAUUGACCAAGAACACCACGAACCCGAAAUGGGACCGCGCCGUCAGCGUCACAGCUAAUUGGAAAGACUACUUACGAGGAGCGCUCUACCGCUUGGCUUGGAUUGGAUAUCCGCAGAUGUGCGUUCUCUGCAUGUGGGAGCUGUAUCACCAUGACUCCGCCGCUGAGAUCGUCUUGGCCAUCUGCAUGUGGCUCGUCAUAAGCGCCGUCCUUGGUUUCGCGACUUUCAAGGUGUGGCAGCGUGCUCGCGUUGCUCGAGCCUUGAAGCAAAACCCCGCAUACUCUCUUUACUCCGACCAGGCAUGCCUCACCAAGUGGGGAUUCAUCUACACCAACUACAAAGCCACCAGCUACUACUUCGUUUUUCCUCUCCUUGCGUACACCAUCAUCAAGGGUAUGGUCAUCGCCUUUGGCCAGGAUGCCCCUCUCGCCCAAAGUAUUGUGCUUCUAAUCGUCGAAGGCCUAUUCAUGAUCGCAACAUGCGUUCUCCGGCCGUACAUGGACCGACCCGCCAACGGCCUGUGCAUCACCGUUUCUGUUCUCAACUUCAUCAACGCCAUUUUCAUUCUUGUCUUCUCCGGCGUCUUCAGCCAACCAACCCUGAUGACCGGCAUUAUGGGCGUUCUAUUCGCCCUCUACAACGCGAUCUUCAUGCUAGCAUUACUGAUCUUCCUCUUGAUCGGCUUUUACUACUGCAUUGUUCUUCGCGAGCCUCGCGCGAAAUACCAACCCCUCGCCGACAACCGCGACUCUUUCCGCAUGUCCGAAAACCGCCUGACAACAGAACUUCUCCCCUUGGAGAAAGCCGCUCAAAGCGACCUAAAUACAGAACACUCAUCUCGCGAAGAAAUCAUCGAAACACCCCCACCAACUCAUCAACAUGGCGAGCUCCGACCACCCCACUCACCCUUCGCCGAUCCUGUGGAGCCAACACUACCCUUAAUCUCAAACAGUUCCAGCGCCUCCGUGCGAUCAAGGCAAUCCACGCGAUCUGGACGGUCUGGGACGGUAGGCGCAAAUGCCAAAUUCGCUACGAACCGGUUCGAUAAUGACCACGCUGCUUGA